AUAAAAAAAAAAAAAGGGAAGAUAAUCGGAAAAAAUGGCCGCCAAUGGCCACAGUGUUCGGGUGGAGGAAUCAACACUAGUACCCUUAUUGGAUCAUUCAUCUUCCAACGUCGAUUUGGGUGCAAAACUCCCGGACCAAGAACUCGAUCUCUCUUUCCGGCAACGGUACCUGAUUGAAUCCAAAAAGCUAUGGCACAUAGUCGGCCCCGCCAUCUUCAGCCGCAUCGCCUCCUACUCCAUGUUCGUCAUCACUCAAGCUUUCGCCGGCCAUCUUGGCGAUCUCGAGCUCGCCGCUAUCUCCAUUGCCACCAGUGUCAUCGUCGGCUUCGACUUCGGCCUCUUGUUGGGAAUGGCGAGUGCUUUAGAGACGUUGUGUGGCCAAGCAUACGGCGCCAAAAACUAUCAAAUGUUGGGGGUGUAUCUACAACGGUCAUGGAUUGUACUUUUCAUAUGCUGUAUAUUAAGUCUACCAUUAUAUAUCUUCGCUUCGCCGGUGCUGAAACUGCUCGGACAACCGGCGGACAUAGCGGAGCUCUCCGGCGUGGUGGCGAUGAGCUUAAUACCGCUCCAUUUCAGCCUCUGUUUUCAGUUUCCGAUACAACGGUUUCUUCAAAGCCAGCUUAAAACGUACGUGAUUGCAUGGGUGUCGAUGACGGCGCUGGUGGUUCAUUCCGCCAUCAGUUGGCUGGUCGUCUACAGGUUUCAACUCGGACUGGUUGGUACGGUGGUGACAUUGAAUAUCUCGUGGUGGCUGAUCGUUAUUGGGUUGUUUUCUUACACCGUUUGCGGUGGUUGCCCGGAGACUUGGAAUGGGUUUUCCAUGGAAGCGUUUCAAGGAUUAUGGGGGUUUGUAAAGCUCUCCGCCGCCUCCGGCGUCAUGUUGUGUUUGGAGAAUUGGUACUAUCGGAUAUUGAUAGUGAUGACAGGAAACUUGGAGAACGCAAAAAUUGCAGUCGAUGCUUUGUCCAUUUGCAUGUCUAUCAACGGGUUCGAACUCAUGAUCCCUCUUGGAUUCUUUGCUGGAACAGGAGUUAGGGUUGCAAACGAGUUAGGAGCAGGCAACGGGAAAGCUGCAAGAUUCGCUACCAUAGUUUCAGUUACCACAUCUUCGGUCAUAGGCCUUUUCUUCUGGCUCUUGAUCAUGUUAUUCCACAACGAGCUAGCGUUGAUCUUCACCAACAGUGAACCCGUCUUGGAUGCCGUUAGCAGGCUUGCACUUCUUUUGGCCUUCACAAUUCUUCUAAACAGCGUUCAACCUGUUCUUUCAGGCGUUGCGGUCGGUUCUGGAUGGCAAUCAUACGUGGCAUAUAUCAACUUAGGUUGUUACUAUUUGAUAGGAGUCCCAAUGGGACUUGCCAUGGGCUGGCUUUUUCAUCUUGGGGUCAUGGGUAUCUGGGCCGGAAUGAUCUUCGGAGGAACCGCAUUCCAAACGGUGGUACUUGCUAUCAUUACAAGCCGUUGCGAUUGGGAAAAAGAGGCCCAAAGAGCAAGUAGCCAUGUAAAGAAAUGGGCAGUGCUGCAUUGAUUGAGACACAGCUUAUUCUAUCUCCAUCCAUCUCACCAAGAAUCUGGUACUAAUGGCUUUCAUCAGGCCAUUUCCUUUUUGUUAUGUUUCCUAAUUAUUUAAUUUUACUUUUGGUAUUAAUUAAUUAAUUAAGAAAAGAAAACGUAGAUCUACUCGGUGAACGGUAUGAUUCAAAUGUAACCAUCAAAAAAUUCGAACGGUUAGCCAUCGGUAUUCGAUUCAGCUUAUGCGCACCGACGAAUUCCUCGGACGGCUAUGAAUAACUUAGACUCAUUGUGGAUGAACCUACAUGGUCAUAAAGAUUCUGGUGGCAUUUGGAUUUGAACCCGAAGAAAAUGAGAUUUCCACUGUGUUGGGUGUCAAGUGUUUUUACAGUUUUCUUUUAUUGGUUUGUAUGUGCAAGAAACAGUUUGAUUUAUAAAAGACGAGGUAAAUUUGGUCAAGU